CCUAAAUUUGCAAUGAACAGGAACAGGAGCAGGAACGAAGCCAGGGAGAGCGACGACAGCGAGAGCGAUAGCCGGGAAGAGGAGAACGAAGAGCAACUUCUAUCCUCGGAGACCCAACAGCUGGGCCAGGCGAACCACCCUGACGAUGAACCAACAGACCACAACAAAACCAGCGGCAGCAGCAGCAGAAAGGGCGACAAAGCUAUGGUAAGGGAGGCGCGUCAGGCAGGUCCUAAACCGCUCCCUCGCCUUUCAACAUCUUUGGGUUCCCAGUUCACCAUACACGGGAACCCGUCCUCCUCAGUCCUUCCGAGAGCUCCGACAUUCAGCAAUGGCGUAGGUUCAUCGUUCGUCGACACAAUGACUCAACAACUCUCUAUCCACGUGGAACAACCUGUCGGGAGCAUGAGUAUCUCGCCUAGCAGCCGUGAUGUCGUACUUGCAGCGAGGAAAGGACUUUUCAUCAUUGAUCUUGAGAACCCAUAUGAACCACCUCGGCUACUUCAUCAUCUGACAAAAUGGGAGGUGGCAGACGUACAGUGGAACCCACACUUCAGUCGAGAAAACUGGAUCGCAUCCACGUCAAAUCAAAAGGCACUCAUCUGGAAUUUGAGCCAUAACGCACCGCGCGCAGUUGAGCUCAUCCUACAUGCGCAUAACAGAGCCAUUAGCGAUAUCAAUUGGUCGCCGUUUCAUCCAGAUCUCCUUGCAACAUGUUCAGUAGACACGUUUGUUCAUCUGUGGGAUCUCAGGACACCAAAGAAGCCCGUUAACUCGUUUUGCGCAUGGACUGCUGCUGCAACAGUUGUCAAGUUCAACAGAAAGGAUGAGUACACGCUUGCAUCAGCACACGACACCAAGGUGGAAGUUUGGGAUACCAGGAAAGGAUCUUCCCCAUACAUUAGCAUUCCGGCUCACAAGCAAAAGAUCAAUGGUAUUGAUUGGAGUCGUAAGCACAGGAAUCAUAUCGUCACCUGCAGUUUGGACAAGACCAUAAAAUUCUGGGACAUUGACAAUCCUAGUCAGCCUCACAAGGUGAUUGCGACCAAAUCCCCCGUUUGGCGUGCAAGGCAUACUCCAUUUGGUCAUGGCAUUUUGACAAUGCCUCAGAGAACCGAAACGGCGCUUUUACUUUGGAAUCGGGACCAUUCGGAGGAGCCUGUUUGCAAAUUUGAGGGCCAUACAGACACGGUUAAGGAGUUUGUCUGGCGUGUGCGCAAAGCUGGAGACGAAACACUUUUUCAGCUGGUUACCUGGUCCAAGGACCAACAUCUUCGAUUGUGGCCAAUAAGCGACAAGAUGUUGGAGGCCAUGGAUCACAAAGCGACAACGCCUAUCGACGUUGCACCAUAUCCACCAAUGUAUGAAAACAUGUCGUUCAGGGACCCGCCACCUCAAAAUAUGACGGCAACACCAUCGAGGGCACUAUCGACGCUACGCGUCCUAGCUGGCAAUCGACUCUCUACGAUGACUCCCUUCAGAACAUCGAUGUCAUCUCGCACAGUGGGUCCUGUGGGUAGCCACGGUGGAUAUUAUAGGGACAGGAAGGCGCCGUCGCCGCUGGUAUGGAUGCAGGGUGUUCGGAUGGUCAAGCCUAGCGGAGAGCUUGGGCUGCCGGAUCGUGCAUCACCACAGACUGUUGCUACAGAAAUUGCGGCUGUCGGACAAAAGUUCCAGAACGUCAAGUUUGAAAAGGUCAAUGUUGCUGGCAGGACCUGCACAAUCAGCCUCAACAGUCUUCGAUCAAACGAGGGAGUGUCGUUUCUUCGCGUCAAUAUUUCUUUCCCGCAAUUCUAUCCCAAGAAGGCACCUCCAACAUUUGAGAUCCAAAAGUCAGGGAUGCUGUCAAUGGCCACACGUGCUCAAAUUGCAGCCAAUCUGGACCAUAUUGCAGCGACACAUGCAUCCAGGGGGUUGCCGUGUUUGGAGGCUAUCAUUCGAUGCUUGCUGGGGGAAGACAAACGAGACGAAGCCUUAGACAAGGGAGAUGAUUCGGAUGAGGAGGACACGAUUGUCAACCCGUUACGGAAAUCUCGAGGGCGCGAUAGCGGUGCGGGAGAUAAGAGGGAUCAACAGGUCCCGUUUCCUUGCCUAUGUGGAGCUGUUUUUGCCACUAACGGAAAACUUGUUACGUUCUUCUCAAAACUCCGUACACCUCAUGCUACGACUACCAGUAUAUCAACGACUGGGCGCAGCAAUGCUUUGCUUAAGGCUGCAUACACUUACACCCACCCUCGAACAUACGCGUCGAUGGGUGAAUACAAGGCAUUCUCGCGUCUGCCUAGCGGGGCUGAGGGACUGGCAGGAACGGUGUCCAGCUUUGUCGCAGAUGCAGACGACCAGGAUGACCUCUGGCCCAUGCCCAACCUGUUUACAAAGACCAAACCCAAGCAGGAGCUUGUGCGCGUCACCAGGAAACCAAAAGAUCAACCCGUCUAUUUCAAAGCGCAGCCGCAAUCUCGGAGUACUUUAUACCUCAAGGAUAUCACGCACUUACUCCCCGUAUCUCCGAGAUUGGCUGCCGCUUAUACGCUGAACGGUGAUAAUGUAUCGGAGAUUUGCGAGCAGAACGCGCUGCAGGCACGAUACUUGGGACGUCUGGACUUGUACAAGAUUUGGAAGCUGGCAGCGCUAAUUCUAACGCUAUCUGUACCCAUGGAUCCUGUCACGUUCGAGAUGAACAAGACCGAAAUUUCCAAAAUGAACUCGCAAACACAUCCGGACAAACUGUUGGAUCUUAUGAACCGCUCCAGUCAUGCCAAGCAACGUCGCGACAGUGGCAUGGCAUUCGUUCCUGUUUUAGAGGAUACAUUUUACCAAAAGGUCCGAUGGGGCACCCAUCCCCUGGGAAGGAAAUUGGUCGAUGUGCUCUUUUCCUAUCUUGAGCGCCACGGGGAUAUUCAGAUGCUGGCACUGCUCUCUUGUGUCUUCAAGGAUCCUUUCAGGAACACAAUUGCAGUGACAGGCAUAACACCUCCACAAGCACAUUAUCGUCCAUACCGUCAGUCGCCAAUAAGCGAUGUACCUGACUACUUCAAUAGCCGACAGCCCAGCAACACAAGGUCACUCACUGGGCUCCCUAGUAAUACGACGCCUAUGUCCAUGGACCAGAGUCCUGUGCGUGCAAGAACACCUGCAACGACAAGGAUAUCGCCAUAUCUUAACCGAGUCUCACCUACUACCGCGGCAUUUGGCACCUCAUACUCUUCAUCGAUGCGAAGAACACCAAGUCGAUUAUACAAUGGAGCCUUGACGUCGCCUCUUACGACACCUUCAUCACUAAGAGAGGCCUAUUCUGACAUAAACCCAGGAUAUGGACCGCUUGUGGCGCCCAUCAUCACGAAUGCCUAUGCCACCCAAGCAACCAUUGCACAGGACACUGCAGCAUCGUCCACACUAGCAUCGGCAUCAUCAACAAUAAGGGAUUCAGGACCACCACUGCCAUAUACACACAGCAAGCGCGACUCUUACAACUCAGUGCAAGGCACCAGUCCUACGCUGCUCCCGAAAUUGGCGCCGAUACAUCGACGCGAAUCGAGCUCCUCUCCAUCAUCCAUUGUUGAGAAGAAUGAGCGGCAUACGGUCCGGGCGAGCGGGUUUAAGAUGGUGAAGAUGAACGGCGGUUUUUUUGACUCGGAUGAGACGCCGAUGAGCAUACAACUGCUGGACCCAGCCAAAGAGUCCCAACACAACACAUGGCGUCUACUAUACGCCGAAAUGAUGUACAGUUGGGGGCUGUUUGAAGCACGCACCGAAUUGCUCAAAUUCCUGACAUCCAAACCUAACAUCAGCUAUCGACUCAAGGAGGAUGCCUCGCCACUCGAGCGAAUCCUAGGGAUCGAGAAGCGAGGGCCCCAGAUCUUCAACAAGUGCUUUGAAUGUGAAAACAGACUGUAUCCGAGCUAUAAGUGCGAUUUCUGUAAGCGGAUGCGAAUCGGGAUCAAGUGUACGAUCUGUCAUAUCUCGGUCCGCGGUCGGACCAGCGUCUGUCUCAAGUGUGCGCAUGGCGGGCAUUCGGAGCACAUGUGGCAAUGGUUUGUGCAGGAGCGUAACACGGUCUGUCCUACGGGCUGUGGAUGCGAGUGUAUGGUGAAUUAUGGAGGAUGGGCAGGCGGAAAAGAAGUUCCGCUGAUGACGAGGCAGGCGCUGCCGCAGGAAUCCCUGUAGAAACGUGAAGAAAAUAAAAACCUGUAUUUGUAGCGCU